GCAUCCAUCGCUCAGCUGCUGCCACCACCGCUGCUGUUGUGCCCGUGCGUGGGUGAUUUGUUGGACCAUUCUUCUUCUCACCCUCCCAACAACACCCUCCCAACAACACCCUUCCUUACCCAUUCAUCCAUCCAUCCAUCCAACCUGACCCCAUCCCCACCUUCACACACAAGGAAAAGCAAAGCAAUGGCAGCCCUGUUCGUUCGUUCUGCGCUCUGCGCCCAGCGCCAGCAGGCACACCUGCCUGUGGUUGCGCGCCUGCUCACCUCCACCACGGCUGCGCGCCGCGCCACCAAGACACCAAAGGGCUCGUCCGCGGCCCCGCUCGCCGCCAGUGCCACCACCAACACCGCCCGCAUGCACCUGCCAUCCUUCUCCAACGAGGAGCUGGCCGAGAUGGUGGAGAACCGCAAGGUCUCCGUGCACAAGCUGGAGACGCUGCUGGAGGACACGCAGCGCGCCGUCGACGUGCGCCGCAUGGUCACCCAGCGCGCCCUCGCCAAGGACGGCAACAUCAAGAACGCAGACACGGCCAUGGACGACCUCCCGCACGGCGAGUUUGACUACCGCGGCUUCUACGACAGCAUCCACGGCACCAACUGCGAGGCCGUCAUCGGCUACAUGCCGGUCCCCGUCGGCGUCGUCGGGCCCCUCGUCGUCAACGGCCAGACCUUCCGCGUGCCCAUGGCCACCACGGAGGGCGCCCUCCUCGCCUCCACCAACCGCGGCUGCCGCGCCAUCACCAUGUCCGACGGCGCCACCUCGGUCAUCCUGAAGAACGGCAUGACCCGCGCCCCGCUCGUCCGCGUGCCCUCUGUCGCCUACGCCGCGGAGAUGAAGGCCUGGAUCGAGUCACCGGAGAACAAGCAGGCCCUCACCAACGCCUUCAACUCCACCACCCGCUUUGGCCGUCUGCAGGACAUUGACGUCCGCAUUGCCGGCCGCAACGUCUACGUCCGCUUUGCCUGCCACUGUGGCGACGCCAUGGGCAUGAACAUGGUCACCAAGGGCACCGUCGAGGCCCUCGCCCUCCUCAACGAGCACUUCCCCGAGGCGCAGAUGAUCGCCCUCUCCGGCAACGUCUGCUCCGACAAGAAGGCCGCUGCCAUCAACUGGGUGGAGGGCCGCGGCCGCUCCGUCGUCUGCGAGACCAUCCUCAAGAAGAACGUUGUCGAGAACCUUCUCCACACGACCGUCGACGACAUGAUCUUUGUCAACCAGAACAAGAACCUCAUUGGCUCUGCCGUUGCGGGCUCCCUCGGCGGCUUCAACGCCCACGCCGCCAACAUUGUCGCCGCCCUCUUCAUCGCCACGGGCAACGACCCGGCCCAGGUGAUUGAGAGCUCCCAGUGCAUCACCGUCCUGGAGAAGGAAGGCGAGGACCUGCACAUGUCCGUCUCCAUGCCCUCAAUUGAGAUUGGCACCGUCGGUGGCGGCACCUCCCUCCCCGCACAGGCCGCCGCCCUGAAGAUGCUCGGCUGCCAGGGUGCCAACCGCGAGGCCACCGGCGCCAACGCCGACACGCUGGCCCACGUUGUGGCCAGCUCCGUCCUUGCCGGCGAGAUUUCCCUCAUUGCCGCCCUGGCCACCAACGACCUCCUCAAGGCCCACAUUGACCUCAACCGCAAGACCUCCUCCCCAGCCGAACAGGCGCAGGAGGCCGUCGCCAGCAACACAUCCUCCGCCGCUGCAACCGGCCACCCCAGCGCCACGACCACCCGCGGCAUGCACACGAGCAGCGUUGUGGGGCACGCCAUCACUUUCGGGCACCCCUCCACGGGCGGCCCCCUCAACGCCCGCGCCGCGUCAAGCAGUGCUGAGCAGGCCAUCUACUACGCGCCAGGCACUCGCCUCUCCACCUUUGCUGCCUCUGGCCCCGCCCUUCCCCACUCUGUUUCCUCAUCCGCCGCGUCUGCGGACGAGUACGGCUCCGACGGCCCCAUGCUCCCCGUCCCCUGAGCACAGCUCCGGCAGCUCCUCGUCAACAUGACUACUAGCUCUAGCGCAGCAGCCAACGAACAACAUCGAUAACAACUUCUACACCUGUAUGGCUACAAAGGCGUGGGCGUUCGUUCCAUCACGGCACCACGUUUGCUGCCCCCCCCCCUUUUGCCUUGUGUCUCUCACACACUCUCCCUUUCCCUCUUUUUUCGCUGUGUUUCACCUCGUCCCUUUUCUUGUUUCCUUACUUCCUUUUGACAUUCGCGUGUAUGCAUUCCCGCUGUUUCUUCUCUUGUAAGCAGCGUUAUGUUGCUUGUGUGUACACUGACAGUGAUGUUCUCUUUGGUGUUUGUGUUGUUCGCCGCAUGUACAUAUUAUUGCUGCGGUUUGAUGACUUGACUUGACCGACUAAGAUGUGAUGUGAUGUGGUGUGCCACAUCUUGUUGUCCCCUCCCGCUGCUGCCGCUGCGUCGUUUAGCCAACACUGCUGGCUGUUCAUGGGCACAGAGGCCCGCCGUUGCUCCUCUUUGUGUCUUCUUUCCUGCCUCGUUUCUGCACGCGGUUGGCGCUUGUGGUGUGACGACGCCCCCCUCCCCCUUUGGUUAUUGGGAGGGUGUGCGCAACACUGUGGGUGUUCAUUAGCGUGCUUCCCCGCAAUCGCUUGUAGCUUUGCGAUUCUUUCGCGCGGUGGUGACAAUGAUGAUGUGGUGGUGUUGCUGUUUGUUGCUGCUGUCCUUGUCGCGGACAUGUUCAUGUGUCUGCAUAGCCAGCCAGCCAGCGAGCAAGCCACUGUUUGCUGUGGAUAUAAAUCGACCCCCUCCUC